AUGCUGGAUGCCAUUCGUAAGAAUUUCGAGACUGAGGAGGGCCGCCAGAAGUCACUGCAACUGCGCGAUGCGUUUGGGGAGGGCCCCGACAGCUUCAAGGAUGUUCUUUGGGUGGGCGAAUGCACCCAUUCUUUCUCCUUGGCUGCAGGCCGGCUGGCUGGCGUCCUUCCAUUUGCAGAGGAAACAGAUCAUCCCUUCAACCUGAGCCAGGCUUGUUGGUGCUCAACGGAGCUGAGAUGGCCAAGAACUCUUGAGAAGAAGCUCGAGCUGGAUUUGGUGCAAAAUCUGAAGCUGCUGCGAUCAAGGGGAGUUUGGUGUUCUGAUGACAUAAAUGGCGUGAAGCUCAAGCAGACGCUGGACAAGGCUAACUGUCCACACAGCAGCUUCGACACAAUCUUCUGGAUGAUGCCAUAUGUGCCGGACAGACAGUGGCGCCCACCAGCGAGUAUCUCGACCAUGAUGUACUAUUACAUUCAGGCUUUCCUGGAGAGUGCUGCCCACGUUUGCAAGGAGGAUGGGCAAUUAGUUGUUGUAGUGACGUCAGCUCAGUGCUUGAGCUGGAACCUCUACAACUGCAAACCGAAGUGGCAGGACCGGCAAUUGCAGCCGGAGGUGUGGUGGUUCGAUGUGGCCCCGUUUGAAAAGCACGGCUACCAGUCCCGGUUUGGGGACGGCCGCGAUCGCUACGUGGACUAUCCCGUGUUUCACAGGCUUUGCGACACUGUGGCGGUAUGCUGGAGGAUGAAUUCAUGCGCGUCACCUGAAGAUGACGUGAAUGUCCGUGGAGUCACAGAAGAAGAUAUCGCGGCACGCAAGAAGCUCCUGGAAGAAGUUGGCAAAGAUCCAAACGAGGAGACUGCUGCAGAAGUUGAGACUGAGGGGACGUGA